CUCCCUUUCUUUUGUCACCUUUGCUUUCGCCUCCUCCUUCCUACCUCCUCUCCUCCUUUCUCACAUCUUCCCCCUUUUCUUGCCCUCCUUCCUUUAUUCAUCGCCUUUUUGCUUCUGCCCUUCCACCUCUCCUUCUACACUCUUUUGCACUGCCAUCGUUUACGUCUUACCCUCCAUUUUCCUCCUGUUUCUCCUUAUUUCUCUUUCCCCUUCUCCCUCCUUGCCUCCCUCCCUCUCUCCUCUCUCUUCAUCUGGCAGCAGUAGUCAGUCAAUCUUUUUACAGCUCUCUCUCUCUCUCCCCCUCUCUCUCCCCCUCUGUUCUGACGUCACUGGCUGUUUGCAUAGCUAUUGUCUUACAGCGGCUGCAGCGGCAGCGGCUCUUCACCAGAUUUUUAGUCUUUCACUCCCCCCUUCUCUCUCCUCUCCCCGGGAAAGCCUCUCUCUCUCUCUCUCUCUCCCCCUCCUCCCCCCCCUCUCUCUCUCCAUUAGUAAAUCCUACAGUGGAAUGAGAAGUGAGAGAGUGACGGUGAGGAGAGGAUGAGAAGCAGGAUAUAGACUGCAGAAAGAGGAGAGAUGCGAUAGCCAGCCACAACCGCAUCUCUGUGUAUGGAUUUGACCACAUUUUGCCUUAGAUGUGCAGGUUUUCUGCUUGUUUUUAUUUUCUAUUUAUUUAUUUAUUGAUUUAAUCCUCCACAAGGCCUUUUUUUUUUUUUUUUUUUUUUGCGGCCGGACUAACUGAGCGUGUGUGCGUGGAGGAGGGCUUUUAAAGCAGCGACGGAUAGCGGAGCUGGGGCAUCUGGCCAUCUGGGAGGCAGCAACGGCCGGCUGGCUGCAUUGUGUUGCUUUGAUGACCCCCGCUGUGUAGCUGCCUGCUCAUCAACCUCCUCUCUCUCUCGCUCUCUCUCUCUCGCUCUCUCUCACCCUCCCCAUUCUCUCUCCUCUCUUUCCUCCUCCUCCUCCUCCUCCUCCUCCUCUCCAUCACAGCUCCCGGCCCAGCCAUGUUCGGCACAGAGUCGUCAUUAAGCAUGUUUCUCAACACCUUGACGCCCAAGUUUUAUGUGGCUCUGACAGGCACUUCCUCCCUCAUAUCAGGACUCAUAUUGAUAUUUGAGUGGUGGUAUUUCAGGAAAUAUGGGACCUCUUUCAUAGAGCAGGUGUCUGUGAGCCACCUGCGCCCCCUGCUGGGCGGAGUGGACAGCAGCUCCCCUAGCAACUCCAACACCAGUAAUGGAGAGGCCGAUUCCAAUCGACAAAGUGUGUCCGAAUGUAAAGUAUGGAGAAAUCCGCUGAAUUUAUUUCGUGGAGCAGAAUAUAAUCGGUAUACGUGGGUAACGGGUCGAGAGCCGCUGACAUACUAUGACAUGAACCUGUCAGCACAAGACCACCAGACCUUCUUUACCUGCGACUCAGACCAUCUCCGGCCUGCCGACGCCAUUAUGCAGAAGGCAUGGAGAGAGAGGAACCCACAGGCUCGCAUCUCUGCAGCACAUGAAGCUCUGGAGCUCGAAGAUUGUGCGACAGCAUACAUCCUGCUGGCAGAGGAAGAAGCAACAACCAUCAUGGAGGCUGAACGUUUGUUUAAACAAGCGCUAAAAGCUGGAGAGAGCUGCUAUCGCCGCAGCCAACAGCUCCAGCAUCACGGUACACAGUAUGAAGCCCAACACAGAAGAGACACCAAUGUAUUGGUAUACAUAAAGAGAAGACUGGCCAUGUGCUCCAGAAAGCUUGGCCGAACACGAGAAGCAGUAAAAAUGAUGAGAGAUUUAAUGAAGGAGUUCCCUCUCCUCAGUAUGUUCAACAUCCAUGAGAACCUGCUGGAGUCGCUACUAGAGCUCCAGAACUACGCCGACGUCCAGGCCGUUCUGGCCAAGUAUGACGAUAUCAGCUUACCUAAAUCUGCAACAAUAUGCUACACAGCAGCCUUGCUCAAAGCCAGGGCGGUAUCAGACAAAUUCUCUCCAGAAGCAGCAUCCAGACGAGGGCUGAGCACAGCAGAGAUGAACGCAGUAGAAGCCAUCCACAGAGCGGUGGAGUUCAACCCCCAUGUCCCCAAAUAUCUGCUGGAGAUGAAGAGUCUGAUUCUUCCUCCAGAACACAUCCUGAAGAGAGGAGACAGCGAGGCCAUCGCCUACGCCUUCUUCCACCUGCAGCACUGGAAAAGGGUAGAGGGGGCGCUCAACCUCCUGCACUGCACCUGGGAGGGCACAUUCAGAAUGAUCCCAUAUCCUCUGGAGAAGGGUCACCUCUUCUACCCCUACCCCAUCUGCACAGAGACGGCCGACAGAGAGCUGCUACCCAUGGAAGCAGUGUUUCACGAGGUCUCAGUCUACCCUAAGAAGGAGCUGCCCUUCUUCAUCCUCUUCACAGCUGGUCUCUGCUCCUUCACCGCCAUGCUGGCUCUGCUCACACACCAGUUCCCCGAACUCAUGGGAGUAUUUGCUAAAGCUUUCCUCAGCACGCUGUUUGCUCCUCUGAACUUCAUCAUGGAGAAAGUGGAGAGCAUCCUGCCAUCCAGCCUCUGGCAUCAACUCACCCGCAUCUGACCCCCACCGGACCCGGACCAGAAUCAGACCCACGACCCAGGAGCCAGGAGCCGACCUCCAUCCAGACAGAAACAGCUGAACUGAAACCCAGAACGCUGCGUUGGACUGGACUGACACACCUUUGUGCCAAGAUUACCGAGUUCAAACCAAACUGAGAACGGACGAGGACGACGGAAGGAGGCAUGGAACGACAAAAGGCAAAACAAUGGAAUCCGGAAUUGGUUUUGACUUUAUUUGAUAUGUUUGCAUUUUUUGGGUUUUCAAUCAUUUAAAGCUGUUCUUUUGUUGUACAAAAAGAGGUAAUCAAUUUGCCAUCAUUAAAAAAGUGAGAAGACAAAAAAAUACAAUAAAGGACUUUUUGUGUAUUGCUGCAA